CGACCGGCGCUCGCCCGCCCGUCGUUGGCAGGUUCCUUGACUCUUGCUUUGAUCUUACUUACCUAUCACUGGUGGAGGUUGCACCUGUAGUAGGCACUUUAUCUCUCAUCGUAGUUAAAAUCCUCAUCAUUUUGAUCACGCACGCUCAUUGGGUGCUUAGUGUGGGCCACAGGCUCGGUGAGGAUUUUAUGUGCAUUAACUCAAUUCCCACAAUAAUCCUGUGAAGUUAGGCUGUAUUACAGAUAGGAAACCUGAGGGCCCAGAGAGAUGGACUUAACUUACUCAAGACCACACAGCCAGGUAGAAGGAAAUGGUGUUUUCAAGUUGAAGAUGAGUUUUCUGUAGGGAUUCCUUGUGUGUUUUCUUUUUUAAUUGUAUUUCCUAAUUACAUCUGCUCAUUGUCUCCUGUGUUAAUUCCAAUUUCGAGGAGAUUAAGGAGGAGGGCCUCUCCCCCUUUCCAUCAUUGAGACAAGAACCCUUUCUGAGGACAAAGUAGUUUUGAGAAAGGGGAGUGUAAAGUGUCCCCUGGGGUGGUUGAACAGAGGUAAUAAUGAGGAGCCCCAAGAUCUGGAAAUCACUUGCUUGGUAACUGAAAUAUCUUUUUCACUGCAGAUGCAAAAAGCGCUAGGAAGCUUUUGCUUUUAAGGCACGGUCACUAUAACCCUAAACUGGCAGCAUAAUUUUCGAAGGUUCCAGCCUGGAACCAGGACCUUGCUAAUUUCUAAGACUAAGGUCUGGUUUGUUUUUGUAUCUUUAUCUUUUGUUCUUUUCUGUGAAUGCUUCAUCGAUUGCUCAUAGUUCUCUUGGGAAUGGUCCUACUUUCAAACUUCAGGGUUAACAGGCUGUGAAUUACUGUUUAUUGCUGUCUUUGUUCACUGUCAUUCAAGGCUUCAGAGCCAACCUGGUGGAUCCUGGGGAGAAUAACCUCCUUGUAGUUGGUUGAGUAGGCUGGAUAGAGUGGAACAAGCGAAGACAACUUUCUUGGCUUGGUUUUUCUACAGUUUAAAAUUGAUGUAAAAGUACUUGAAUCAGCACAUUUAUUCUUCUAAACUAGUGAGAGAGGGUGGGAUAAAGAGAUCAUUUUGAGCUGCUUUUUGAUGAUGAUGUGUUAGUUUGGCCACCUGAUAUUUCGAAACUGUCAAGAAGCCACAACUGUACACAUAGUUAGGAGUUAAAUCAUCAAAGUUGUGGUGGUUUUUUUUUUUUUUUUUUUUUUUUAAUUUAAAAUGUUUUUGGAGCCGCCUACUGGCAGCCAAAACCAACUGAAAAGUGCAGUUCUCCAAAGUUCAUAGAGCCAGAGUUGAGGCUGGAAGGAACCUGAGACAUCCCGCACUGAGGGUAGGGGGCAAGAGCGCAAGGUCCUGGGAACCAGAGAGACUUCCGCUCCAACGCAGGCCCCACUCCUGAACAGCUCUGAGCUUUGAGCAAGUUACUUAAUUUCUGAGCUUCAGUUUCCUUAUUAGUCAGAUGGGACAAAUAAGUGCCUCAGAUCUGUCACAUACAAUAAACACUGAGUAAAUCACAGCUCUGAUGACUAUAGGAACAUUUGCCAAUAAAGACACUCAGACCCACAGAUGCUAAGUGACUUGCUCACAGUCAUACACCUGGUUUGAAGUGAACUUGUGGUUAACAUUUACUAGGUGCCUGCUGUGUGCCUGCUUCUAAGUGAUACACACUUAUUCCUCAUGUUGGCCCUAGCUCCCCAUUUUAGGGAUGAGAAAACCGAGGCACUGAGAAGUUACUGUAUAUCCUACAUACAUACAAGUUCUGAGGAGCAAAGUCAAGAUUUCAAACCGAGCAGGCUAACUCCAGAGCCACGUGGCCUCAAGAGUUGUGAAUAUCAAAAAGCCUGUGACCUGCUGAGGAGUGCAGUCUGAAGUUCUGCUUUGCCUUUGGCUGCACAGGACCAGCCCCAAGGAGAGCCUCCGUUCUUGGGCCGAAGCCAAGGGAUAAUGACUCUUCCAGCUUCUCGCCUAAGUUGAAUAAGCACCGUGUGCACUUUAAUCCCGUCAGCGGCAUCAGGCUGACCGAAGACAGGUUUUGGAAAUCUCAGCUACAAAGAUAUCCAGCCAAAGUCUCAAUCUUGCCUUAAAAAUGUUCCAGAGAUUGAAUAAAAUGUUUGUGGGUGAAGUCAAUACUUCUUCAAACCAAGAACCAGAAUUUAGUGAGAAAGAAGAUGAUGAGUGGAUUCUUGUUGACUUCAUAGACACUUGCACGGGUUUCUCAGCAGCAGAGGAUGAGGAGGAAGAAGACAUCAGUGAAGAGUCACCUCCCGAGCGCCCUUCAGUCUUUUCCUGUCUCCCUGCAUCUCUCGAGUGCUUGGCUGAUGCGAGUGACUCCUGCUUUCUCCAGUUUGAGUCCUGUCCAAUGGAGGAGAGCUGGUUUAUCACCCCUCCCCCAUGUUUUACUGCAGGUGGAUUAACCACUAUCAAGGUGGAGACCAGUCCUAUGGAAAACCUUCUCAUUGAACACCCUAGCAUGUCCGUCUAUGCUGUGCAUGAGCCCUGCCCCAGCCUCAGUGAGGCCCACUGCGGGGCUGAGGAAUUUCAUAACCCAGGCAGUCCCAGAGUGGACGCCGAGAAUGAAAUGGGGCAGCACAUUCAUUGCUAUGUUGCAGCUCUCGCUGCUCAUACAGCUUUUCUGGAACAACCCAAGAGCUUUCGCCCUUCCCAGUGGAUUAAAGAACACAGUGAAAGACAGUCUCUGAACAGAAAUAGCCUUCGUCGCCAAAAUCUUACCAGAGAUUGCCACUCUCGGCAAGUCAAGCACAGCGGCUGGGCUGUCCAUCAGCCCUGCCCACGUCAGUACAAUUACUAAGAAUCUGAAGCGUGUUUGGUUGGUUUCUCAUAGUUUGUGCAUAUGUGUGGGCAUGUGCAUGUAUGGAUGGUAAAGCUGCUGUCUCUUUACAGCCAACAGAUGACCAAUCACAUAGUUUUAUUGGUGUGUUUAGACACUAUCUUGAAAACCAGAUUUAUAUGCUGGGUAUCACGUAAUGCCUUGCUCUUAACAUUUGCUUUUUUGUAAAAAUUUUUUCAGAAUAUUUUUGGGAACAUAUCAAUACAGUUAGUGUUUGGGAAGGUCUUUAAAUCUAUUAAGGUGUACAUGAAUUAGCAGUUUAAAGACGUUUCUUCCCAAGUACGAGAAUAGGCAUCUUUCAAUUUCAUUUUAUUUGGUAUUAAUCAGUCUUUUGAGUAAGCAGAAAUUUAUUCUCAGGGUCAGCCAAACACUUUAUUGACCAGUACUUGAUAAUCUUUUCUGUAUAUAAUGAAUACAUUUUUACACACUAACAUGAGCAUUAACAGGUGAUGUGGUUGCCACAGAUAAAAUGGAAUUAUGGCUGAACUUUCUUUUGGAAGAAAACUUGAUCUAUUUCUGUGUGUAUGGGGUUUUUACUUCCCAGAUUAGCCAUGCAGUUCAUUUUGGAAUUCAGGUACAUUAAGUGUUAGUGAACAGUGCAUUCAAUAAUUCCGAUGUGACUGUGUAACGUGGUACAGACAUUACGGCAUCGUGGGACAACAGCGCCCGUCUCACAUGCAGAGGGAUUAAAUUCGACCUGUGAAAUUGUAUUUGGGGAAAUGUGUAUCUGUAAGUAAUCCAUUGGUCCACUGUUUGGAUCCUUUCCUGCCAGCUUUGCCUGCUCGCCACCUCACAUCAGCUGUAAAUUCAGAAGUACGUGUCCUGCACUCUAGUGGCUUCCUAUUUGUAUCUGCCCAGGGGAAAAGAGAGAGGCUUUGUAUUUCUGAUGCAGUGAUAGAUCCUCUGCUGUGGAGCCUGUUCUGCCAGCUGGCAAGCAGCGGUGAAGGGCGUUCCUGGUGACAUCUAUUCACAGCAUCUAAAUGAAGAGUGACAGGUUGAGUUUUUCCUUGAGUUUAUAUAUAUAUAUAUAUAUAUAUAUAUAUAUAUAUAUAUUUUUAACUUGGGCUUCAGGCAAAUUCCUUAACCACUUUGGCCUUUGGUACCUCCACCGAGGAGGGAGUAGUAACAUGUACCUCCCUCCCAGUCGUGAGGACCGUGUACUGAUUUGAAGUGGGGCUGUCCUGAACUGAUCUUUGUGUGAAAUUCCAAGGGCCUCUCUGCCGAGUCUAGUGAAGGGGCAGGGCCGGGGCAGCUCUUUGGCCACAGCUCCUCUUCAAAGUGUUGGUGCUCGUGAGGCCAGGGUGCAGGGUUUGAGUCACACCGAGGCCAGUUAGCUCAACGAACGCAGAGAAAACCUAUUUCUUUACGUCUAGCCAGUCACUUUAUUUUUUCGCAGUUGUGAUGGGUUUUGCUGAGCCAUCUGCACUCUCACCUGUUUCCUUUGAGAUUAAGUUAAACACAUUUACAAUCCAAAGCACAUUCUACUGACAGAGCAAUAAUACUAUCACCUUCAUAAUCAAAUAGCUUAUUUUUCCAUUCUCCUCUGCAAUCCUAAUUGAGUACGUGACUAGACAGUGUUGUCAAGGAAAAAGCAGCAUAUAGUUACGUGAAGUCCUGUUUUAUUCUUCAGCAACCCUGUAGCAGUUGGGUGCAGGGAACCAUGGGAGACUUUGCAGUGAAGAGCUGUGCUCUUUUCUGACUAGAUUGGGAUGUGUGGAGUCGGAAGAGGUCACAUAGCUUAGUUAGAUGGGGGUGGUAGGUUGUUCCUCCACUACUGGCUGUGCUGAAGGGCCAGGAAUGUCUCUUCAGAACAAGGGUCUAGAUCCCCCUUCUCAUCUUAGUCCCCUUCCGUUUCGACUACCCCUUUAUUUAUUUGUUUUCCUCAUUAGGGGCCAAGUCUGUUAAGUUUUGUCAAACUGAGCUAGAAGUUGUUUUGUUACUGUUUGUGUUUACCAGCCUUGGGAGAUAGAGUGUUCAUGAAGGUGUGUGUGUUUUAUACCAUGACUGUUAAAGGGCCAUAUGUUGCUAACUUGAGCAUAGGUAUAAGCCUCUGAAUACAUGGGGGUCUCUUUUUUUCACGUACUAAAUGUAAGCUGUACCUCAUGAGCUCCAGAAGUUCAGCCAUGAGAAUUUGUUUGGCAUGAACAGAUUUGUAUAUAAAAUUGCAAUGGUCUUUUUUUUUUAACUAUUAUUUUUUCAGAUUUCCUGAUACCUUAAAUACAUUUACAUCUCUAUCAGUUACUGACCUUUCGUUUACCUUAUUCGAGCCAGGUUUUGUAUGCUUUGUACCUGGAAAACAAUUAACUUCAGUCAUUUCAGCGUUUUUUCAGGGUAAGGCCUACCACGUAUCUGUGAUAUCACACUGUGGUUUCUGCAUCAGUGUCUAAGGCUUCUGUCUAAAACUGGCCCAUGUAAGAACUGAAGAAAGUGGUCACCUAAUGCAGUUCUUGGUCAUCACGUGUGUUAGGGAUCGACUAUGUGCAGGUUCACAAGACCAAUAAUAACAGAGUGCUAUUGACCUGUUAAGUAUUCUUUGAAACAGGGCUGAAAUGCAGCUUAUUAUAAGUUAAUUAUUUUUGCUGUUGUAAAUAUAAAUGGUUUACAGUGUGCUUUAGUGCAUAUUUCUUAAAAAUUCCAGCAGUGAGAAAUAAAACCCCUUUGCGUUUAGCACCCUGGUUCUGAACUGAACAGUCUGGACCGUGUGCUGCACAGAGCAGCACUUCGUGAAUGAGUUUCUUAGUGUUUAUAAUGCACCAUGUUUCUCAAAGUUUGUGUGUUUCAUUUUUAAAACAUUUUAUGAUGUAUAUCUUAUGUUUAUUACUUUUCUUCCUCAAAUAAUUUGAUUAUGUACUGCACCAUAAGUUGAAGAUUAACCACCCAUUAUUUAUCUUCUGUGGGAAUUUAUAUGGUUGGGUUGGGCGGAGGGUAGGGAAUUUUUUGCAGAAGGUGCAGAGUGAUUGGAAUUAUUACUUGCUGUUCCAGGGAGCUUUUUUUACAUUGAUUUCCUGUGCAUUUUUUCCCAGUUCCGAUGCAAACUGUUUCUGUUUACAUACCUUCUCUGUUGUAUCAGUACUUUGAUUCUAGAGAGAUGACAGUUUACGUUCAACUUCAGAGGGCCAUUCAGCAUUGGCUAAUGUUUUUGCUUCUCAAAUCUGUGUAGUACACUGGUUUGUAAUCUUUGUGUCUUCACUGAAUCUGAGUGUCUUUGCUAUUUCUCUUCUUCCUCAAAGAAAUAUAUUGUCUUAUAUACUCUUUUAAGAAAAAAGAGUAAAGAAGGAUAUCUUUCUUUUUCUCAUCUUCUUUGAGUUGGAAACAAAACAAAAAAGGACUCUAGAAGAUAGACAUUUAAAUUUAAAUAGCUUAGUGGAAAAAGUUUAAUAAGAGUUUCCAAUUAUUAGUCUUUGUUUUUAGAAUCAGUUAAGAGACUGCUCCUUGUACUGGAGAUACUAGCAUAUGUUUGUAAUGUUACCUUACAAUUACCUUUAUAUUUUAUAAGUCCCAUACAUACUGGUUAAAUUCUUUGAAGAGUUGGGCCACUAUCAUGGAUGGUUUCACUGCCAUCAGCCCUGUUGAUGUAUUAUAAAUAGCAUUCUUAUCUACUUAUUUUAAUGCUUAAAGUUUUAUAUAAAAUGCUUUAUUUAGAAAACUUACAUAAUAUAGUGGUGUCUGCCUUGCCAUGUACCAAUUUAACUUGAAAUUUGACACCAAUUGCAGUGGUCUGGGGUGGAGAAGGCAGUCCUGGAAAGCAUACAGAUAAGUAUAUCUUUUUCUGUUUGCAACAGUAUCCUUUACGUGGGAGGAGAAGUUACUAUUCCAAGGAAGGCAGCUUAAGUGGAUAAUGUUUUGUGUGUCACUGACAGUUUUUCUUAAAAUAUAUUUUUAAAUUGUGUAAUUGCUAAAUGCCCAAUUUUUCCUCUGUGUUUGCCUGAAGUUUUAGUGUUUGUUUUCUAGGUUGACUUCUAAAAACCAAACCAGUGCUUGGGGAGGUUAGACGUGUCUGUUUCCAAGCUUGGUGUGUAUGAGUGGUUUUGCUUACUUUUUUGGUUGUGUUUUCCUCCAGAGGUUUGGAAAUCUUAAUCAGUAAUUGUGUGUAUUAUUAUAUUUUAAGUGGCUUUGGUGUUUAUUUUUUCCUCCCUCAAGUAAAAUUGUGAACACAUUUGCUUUUCAAGGGCAGGGCAUCUGUUCUAGAGACUAAAGAGUAUUGUAGGUUGUACUCUGCCUUCUUGAUGUGUUUCUGGACAGUUUUUUUUUUUUUUUGCAACAACUUGAAAACUUAAAAGGGACAUUUGGUUAGGUUAUAUACUGUACAUCAAUCUAUGCAUAAAUGGCAGCUUGUUUUCUUGAGCCACUGUCUAAAUUUUUUUUUUCUGUUUUUAUAGAAAAUUUUUGUACUGAUUGGUUCAUAGAUGGUCAGUUUUAUACACAGACUAAACAAUACAGCACUUUGCCAAAACAUAAGUGUAGCGUUGCUUGAGCAUUGCGCACCAAUACCAGCUCUUUGUAAUUGGGCUCAGUGGCACAUUUUGCACUACCUGGAGUUACAGUUUUUAAUCUGUCAAUUAAAAAAAUGUCCUUUGCCUUCA